UUGAGUCUAUGAACUGAAUCUUGACUGACUUCGAAUGGGGGAGGGGCAUCAGUUCGGUGCUUGAAGUUGACGUCAUCAUCGUGCGACUGAGUUGCCCUGACGCUGGUGGAUGUGUUUUUAAAAGCACCGGGGAUACAUUUGGAGUUUCCUUUUUGUUUAAAAGCAUGAGCACUGAGGCACCGGAGAAAGCCGGUGAUGAAGGCCCGAGCUCCGGAGGAGGCGCGGGGAGCGGCGGAGGCGCGCGGUUUGACCUGGAGAAGGAGACCGAACUGCGGUUUGAGGUCGAAGCCGGGGAGCGGGUACAACUCGAACUGCUGUCCGGUUUGGCCGAGGUGUUUGGCUCCGAACUGAACCGGAACAAGAAGUACACAUUCGGGCCUGGUUCAAAGAUCGCCGUGUUCACGUGGCAGGGAUGCAGCCUGUCGCUUAGCGGCAAGACCGAGGUGGCGUACGUCUCUAAAGACACCCCUAUGCUGUUGUAUCUGAACACGCACGCUGCUUUGGAGCAAAUGAGACGGCAGGCUGAGAGAGACAACGAGAGAGGACCGAGGGUCAUGGUGGUGGGGCCGACCGACGUGGGGAAAUCCACAGUGUGUCGUCUGCUGCUGAACUACGCAGUGAGGCUGGGCAGGAGGCCCACACUCGUAGAGCUGGACGUCGGCCAAAGCAGCGUGUCUGUUCCAGGGACAAUGUCAGCACUGUAUAUUGAACGUCCAGCAGAUGUCGAGGAAGGCUUCUCCGUCCAGGCUCCUCUAGUCUUCCACUUUGGUUCCACGACACCAGGGACCAAUAUCAAACUCUAUAACAAGCUGACGUCCUGUCUAGCCAUGGUGUUCUCACAGCGCUGUGAGGUGAACCGGAAGGCCAGCGUAGGAGGCUGCAUCAUCAACACAUGUGGCUGGGUGAAGGGUUCAGGAUACCAGGCACUGGUCCACUGCGCUUCAGCAUUCCAGGUGGACGUGGUGCUGGUCCUCGAUCAGGAACGCCUCUACAACGAGCUCAAACGGGAUCUGCCGCAUUUUGUCCGUGUCGUGCUGCUACCCAAGUCCGGCGGAGUCGUAGAACGCUCCAAGGACUGCAGACGGGAGACACGUGACGAUAAGAUCCGUGAGUAUUUCUAUGGCUUCCGUGGCACUUCGUUCUACCCACACGCUUUCGACGUGCGCUUCUCGGAUGUGCGCAUCUACAAGAUCGGCGCGCCAUCCAUUCCGGACUCGUGUCUGCCGCUGGGCAUGUCGCAGGACGACACGCAGCUGAAGCUGGUUCCUGUGAGCCCGGGGCGUGACCUCACUCACCACGUGCUGAGCGUUAGCUGUGUGGAGGACGACGCUGAAGGAGGAGAGAGCCGCAACAGAGGGAUUUUAGAGAGUCCCGUUUGUGGCUUCAUUGUGGUUACGGCCGUGGACACUCAGGCUCAGGUGAUGACCGUACUCGCUCCUGCACCCAGACCGCUGCCGCGCCACACGCUCCUUAUCAUGGACAUUCGCUUCAUAGACCUCAAAUGAAAAAGUGCAGGGGAGGGUGGGGAUGAGUGGGAGGUCCACUGUGCUGAGAAAAGCAGGAAUGUAGAAAUGGCACGAGAUUACAUCUGAACAUGAACUGAAGUGGGAUCAGCAGAUGGAGGGAGAUAUUCCUGUGCCCUUAUUUUACCUCCGUUUCAGUCAGUGCUUGCGCUUCCUCAGGUUUUUUAUUCCUCUCAUUUUAUUGCUCUCUCUCUCUCUGUCAGCAUCUUUUCUGUUUUUCAAUCUUGCUCUUGCGUUUAUUUAUUUUUUUAAAUCUUAUUAAGUUUAUUACUUCAUGCAUCCCUUCAGUUUCUUUGAUUAUUCACAUCUCACUUUCUUGGAUUUUCU